UUACUCUGAUUGCUUCAGCUUGCUUGAACUUCAGGACAUUUCAAUUUUUAAAAGAAGAAUUAUUUUGACCUUUGUCUGAACGAUGUGAAAUCAUGAACAGAUUACACUCGAGAGUUAGUUCCUUGCAACCAAGAGGUACACACAUACAGAACACUCAAAAAAGGAUCCAUUUAAACGUGGGAGGAGAGAAGCAUUCCCCUUAUGUCAGCACAUUAAAGAAUGUUCCAGAUUCACCACUAGCCUGGAUAAUAAGUGAAGAUUGUAAAGGAAAUUUAGACUAUGAUCCAACAACGGAUGUUUAUUUCUUCGACAGACAUCCAGGAGUUUUUUCACAAGUUUUGAACUAUUUUCAAACUGGAAAACUGCAUUGUCCGCGAGAUGUUUGUGGACCAAUGUUUCAAGCAGAGUUGCAUUUUUGGGGAAUCGAUGAAACACAGAUGGAAGCAUGCUGUUGGCCAAAUUACACAAAACAUCGGGAAAUCCAAGAAAAUUUAAAACUUUUUCGGAUCACACGAUCAAACAGUAUUACCCAUCCAGAAGAACCAGCAGAAAAGAAAAAGAACAGUGAUAUAGUAUCGGUAAAAAAUAAAUGGAAUCGAUAUCAGAGAAUUAUCUGGGAAGCAUUAGAUGAACCCCAUUCUUCAAAAGGUGGAAAGAUUUUUGCGUAUAUAUCAAUUGGCUUUAUCGUUUUGUCAAUUGUCACUUAUUCUAUGAUGACUGUUGACGCCAUAUUUCCUUCAUGCACAAUACAAGAUCUAUACAAUGAGACAGCUACGGACAACAGCACACAAAAUGCAACUUCUUCAAAAUGCAUCACAGUUUAUAACCAUCCAUUAACAGUAGUGGGAUUUUUUGAGAUUGUGUUGACAAUUUGGUUCACUAUGGAAAUUGUCAUCAGAUUCAUGUUUUGUCCUUACAAACAAACUUUCAUGAAACAACCUUCAAACUGGGUAGAUCUGAUGGCUGUUAUUCCAGUUUAUUUGCUGAUAUUUUCAAGUCGAACCGAGUUGAUUAUGAUCUUAAACAUGGUUCGAUAUGUUCGCAUCUUUCGAUUUUUUAUGUUGCUUUAUGAUCUGCACAUACUUGGAAAGACCUUACAAGCAAGUAUGAACCAGCUUUUCAUUUUGUUCCUAAUCCUCUGCGUUCCAGCUGUUAUAUUUUCAAGUAUUGUGUAUUAUACGGAGUAUUAUUUUGGUGGAGAAAAAAGCAAAAUAGAUUUUAAAGACAUACCCACGUCCAUUUGGUGGAGUGUGAUAACCAUGACAACUGUUGGAUAUGGCAGAGUCACACCAGAAUCAACACCCGGUCGAAUAUUUGGAGCUCUCGCAGCUUUGAUCGGCAUACUCAUUUUGUCAAUGACAACGUCAGUGAUUGGAUCUAGCUUCCAGCAGUAUUACAACGUUGCAAGAACACAAAUGAAAAUUCCCGCCAAAAGUCGAUCCAUGGUGCUUUUAAACAACAAACACACACUCUUGGGUUUAAUACGCCAAAAUGACAAACCUGCUAGCAUCCAAUCAGAUGAUUCAAAAGAUAGUGGUUACGGUCGCUCACCAAUACCUCCGUCCUUAGAUACAGAGCAUUCGAACACCCCUCCAGCUCCUCGCGAACGUAAUGUUAUAAUCAAAAUAAACCAGGAAGACAAUGAUUCCCAGCAUCCAAGUGUGCUCAUAUGAUACGGUUCAAAAAUAUCUUCUUGAAUCUGAAGAAAUUUAUCGGCGCGAGGCUGAACAGAUGUUACUGGUGAGAAUAGCUCCCAUAAAUGCUGGGACAUUCUGGUAAUGCUGUUUAUCUUAGUAACCUGGAUUGGUUGCAUUUCAAAAAUCAACAAAUUCCGAAUUUUUCACGCAAUUAGAGACCAAAUUUGUGAUUUAUAAUUAUAUCUAAAUAAAAGUAGUAACCUCGUUUCCAGGACUGAGUGCACAAAACUUAUUGGGUUGAAGAAUCAGUUGAAAUUUGUACUCAGUUAUAUUGAAAUAUUUUCAUUAAUGUCCGAGACACGUUUUUUUCCAUAGAGAAUUUUUAAAGAAGGGAUACAAUUGUAAUGUAACUUGAUGUAAAAAUAAAAUACUGCUAAUUUUA